AGAGGAAGAAGGCGGGCACCGGGCACCAGUUGACCGACUUUUUCAAGUGCGAUCAGCGCCCGCCGGGCUCAGUCCCGCCCCCAUGGACCCGCUCGGGGGCGCCCGCAGCUGAGGACCCGACGCCCGCUGGGCUCCGGGCUCGGGGGCGCCCCGCCGACGCCAAGGGACCCCGGGCGGGCUGUGCCGGCUCCAGCGCCUCUUCCCGCCGCGCUCGCCGUCGGGCGAGAGAGCCGCCGCCGCCACGCCUCGCGCCCCGCGCUGCCCGCCCCAUGCUGGUGCACACUUACUCCGCCAUGGAGCGCCCCGACGGGCUGGGCGCAGCGGCUGGCGGCGCCCGCCUGUCGUCUCUGCCCCAGGCGGCCUACGGACCUGCGCCUCCGCUCUGCCACACGCCGGCCGCCGCAGCCGCCGACUUCCAGCCGCCCUACUUCCCGCCGCCCUACCCGCAGCCGCCACUGCCCUACGGCCAGGCGCCCGAUGCCGCGUUUCCCCACCUGGCCGGGGACCCCUAUGGUGGCCUGGCACCCCUGGCGCAGCCACAGCCGCCACAGGCCGCCUGGGCCGCGCCUCGCGCCGCCGCCCGCACUCACGACGAGCCGCCCGGCCUGCUGGCGCCGCCCACCCGUGCCCUGGGCCUCGACCCGCGCCGCGACUAUGCCGCUGCGGUGCCCCGGCUCCUGCACUGCCUGACCGACGGCGCGCACGGCCUGGCGGAUGCGCCCCUCGGCCUCCCGGGGCUGGCGGCACCGCCCGGCCUAGAGGACCUGCAGAUCAUGGAUGAGCCAGGAAUGAGCCUUCUGGACCAGUCUGUGAUCAAAAAAGUCCCCAUCCCCUCCAAAGCCAGCAGCCUCUCGGCCCUCACAUUGGCCAAAGACAGCCUGGUUGGUGGCAUCACGAACCCCAGUGAGGUCUUCUGCUCCGUGCCAGGCCGGCUCUCACUGCUCAGCUCAACGUCCAAGUACAAGGUGACGGUGGGGGAGGUCCAGCGGCGACUCUCGCCUCCCGAGUGCCUCAAUGCCUCCCUCCUGGGUGGCGUCCUCCGCAGAGCUAAGUCCAAGAAUGGGGGCCGGUGCCUGCGGGAACGCCUGGAGAAGAUUGGGCUCAACUUGCCAGCUGGUCGCCGCAAGGCUGCCAACGUGACACUGCUGACUUCUCUGGUGGAGGGAGAGGCCGUGCACCUGGCUCGAGACUUUGGCUACGUCUGUGAGACUGAGUUCCCAGCCAAGGCAGCUGCCGAGUACCUGUGCCGACAGCAUGCUGACCCUGGGGAGCUGCACAGCCGCAAAAGCAUGCUGCUGGCUGCCAAGCAGAUCUGCAAGGAAUUUGUGGACUUGAUGGCUCAGGACCGUUCACCGCUGGGCAAUAGCCGCCCUGCACUUAUCCUGGAGCCCGGGGUGCAGAGUUGCCUGACACACUUUAGCCUCAUCACCCAUGGCUUCGGUGGGCCUGCCAUCUGUGCUGCCCUCACUGCCUUCCAGAACUACUUACUGGAGUCACUCAAGGGGCUAGACAAGAUGUUUCUAAGCAAUGCAGGCAGUGGGCAUGGUGACACCAAAGCUUCGGAGAAGGAUGCCAAGCAUCGGAAAUAAUGCUUCCCCACUGCAUGCCUUAAAAGGCUCCCAAGGCCUGAAAUAAGGUCUCAGCUCCUGGGGUAGACAUGAAAAGAUUAAAAGGUGGGGUUGGAGUCAGGCCAGAAAGAGGUGUUCAUCUAAAAAACCCACGCUAGGCAUCUGGGCUGGAUAAGAGGGAGGGGCAGCCUCUCUGUAGUGAUUUGUUGAUAAGGCUGCAGGACUUGCCUCAAGUGUGCAAUUUCCUGACCCUUGAACAGGAAAGGGCUUGGGCAGGAAAUGGCCAUGGAAGAGCCUGAUUCUUGGGGUAGAGCCCUGCAUAUUAAGGUGUCUGGGCAGCAGUGGGUGCUCCUAGGGAUCAAGGCCCUGCUGUUUCUACUGAUGGCUGAAGGGCUACUGAAAACAAAUCAGAGGUGCUACUGAGGAGUUGGCUCCCUUCAUCCCAGAAUCUCCUACCCCUGGAAAAGGGGUGCUGGCAGGAGGCCCCAGUGGGCUCUCUGGACCCCUCCCACUCAUGGAAAGUGGUCAGGAGGGGCCCUCAAGAAACAAAGACGAUAAAGCACAAAUUGCAGAACUUGAAUUCAGGCUGCACUUCACUGUCCUGUUGCUGUCUGUUCUAUUUAUUUAUAUAUAUUGUAAUUAAAUUUAAAGUUU